UUUUUUUUUUUUUUUUUUCUUUCUUUUUUUUCCCCCUUUUUUUUCUAAGUAUGAGUAUAGAAUCUAUGUGGAGAAGCAAACAGAAGUAUUAGGCAACCGUUGAGCUUAGAAAAUUUAAACGAUGUUAGAUAUUAACGAUUAUAACCAAUCAAUUUUAUGAUCAUUUUUUGAGUAACAAAUAAUCAAAAAAUAAAUACAUUGUAUUAAAAAUGAUUGGUUAAUUCUAUUGUGUAUAUAUAAUAUUGUUCAAUUAGUGCUGAUAUUUAAUAAGAAAGUUUUACAAAGGUUUACAUAGUAUAUAAACAAUUGGAAGUUACUUUUUUAUUUGGUAUAUAUAAAAAUUGAAACUACGGCGUAUGAAUGAAGUGCUUAAGUUUUAUUGUUUUAUUAAUAAUUUUUUUAAAAGGACACUGUGUCGAACGAUACUGCAAAGUUAAUGACGCAGAAAAUUGUGAGGGAAGAGAUGAAGGUUAUAAAUAUACGAAAGCUUCAAUUGAAAAAUAUGAAAAAUAUAUUGAAGCUAUUCAUAAUGCUGAAAGGAAUUACAUCGAAUGCAAUGCUACAAGAUGUGAAUGUUUUAAGGAUAUGAUAAUUAGAGAUUUAAAGCCAUUUAAGAAAAAUGGUAUAAGUAAAGAAUUGAUUGAUAUAGCAAAGACCAGAGGUACAUUUUAUCAAAUAAUAGGAGGAAAGCUUUACAGAGAGAAAGAUUGUAUGUUUCCAUCAAGAUGCGCUGGUAUAGAACAUUUUCUUUUGAAAAUAAUUCAUAACUUAACUGACAUGGAUUUAGUUGUUAAUACUAGAGAUUAUCCUCAAUCAAAUAAGCAUUUUGGAAAACCUCUACCUGUAUUUUCUUUCAGCAAGACACCACAAUAUUAUGAUAUUAUGUAUCCAGCAUGGGCAUUUUGGGAAGGAGGACCUGCUAUAUCUUUAUAUCCUCGUGGUCUUGGACGGUGGGAUCAACACCGUGAAUUAUUAAAUAAAGCUAGCGAUAAUAUACCAUGGAAUAAGAAAAAAGAGAAAGUAUUUUUUCGUGGCUCUAGAACUAGCUCUGAACGCGAUAAUUUAAUAUUAUUGAGCCGUAAAAAUCCAAACUUAGUUGACGCACAGUAUACAAAGAAUCAAGCAUGGAAAUCAGAUGAAGAUACAUUACAUGCACCACCAGCUUCUGAAGUUCCAUUAGAAUCUCAUUGUGCAUAUAAGUAUUUAUUUAACUAUAGAGGAGUUGCAGCUUCAUUUCGAUAUAAACAUUUGUUCCUGUGUCGAUCCUUAGUUUUCCAUGUUGGCGAUGAAUGGACAGAAUUUUAUUAUGAUGCUAUGAAACCAUGGAUUCAUUUUAUUCCUGUACCUAAGGAUGCCAGUCAAACUGAUUUAAAAGAACUCAUACAAUUUGCAAUUGACAAUGAUAUUUUAUCGGGAAAAAUUGCAAAUCGCGGAAGAGAUUUUAUAUGGCAUAAAUUAAGAAUGAAAGAUAUAUUAUGCUUUUGGAAAAAAUUAUUAAAGAGUUAUGGGAAAAUUCUGACGUAUAAACCAGUUUUAGAUAAACAUCUAAUUAAAAUUGAACGAAAAUAAUUAUGUACUUUAUAAUUAACGAAAUUAAAAAAUAUAUUAUAUAAUAAGUGGAAUCAUUAUGCUAGGUAAAAUAUACAUGUAUUUUAUUAUAAUGUUUACUUUAUGAUAGUGGAAAUUAUAUUACAAUGGAGGUUUUGUUAGUUGGAGUGAAACACAGCUAUGUGGCAAGUUUCAAAGUGAAUCAUUAAUACCCCAACAUUAUAAUCAACACAAAAACGGCCUUGUACUAUGUUUACAAUAAAUUUUUAUGUAUCAAAACAUAAUAGGGGAUAAUAAUAUGUUGUUAUUAUAAUAUGAAAAAAUUAAUUUCUAAAACUAAUUAGCAAAUAGAUUAUUUAAAAAAUACUGAUCAUAGUACAGGGCCAUUCAUAGUGUAUUCUGAUACACAUUAAGCAAUUCUUAAUACUUAAGUACUGGUAAAACACUUACACAAUCAAACUACUUUGAGACUUAUUGAGUAAUAAGAAAAAAUGCAUAUUGGUUGAAAAAAAUUAUCGAUUUGAAUAAUAUAUAAAUAUUUUAUAUAAUACAUAUGGUCAAAUAUAGUCUGUCAUCAUAAUUGUUUCAUUCAGUGUUAAUUUAAAAUAAUACUACAAAGUUUUUAACUAUAUAAAAAUUGAUAUUUGAUCGAUGCACCCUAAUAUUUUCAAAAAACCAUAAAACGUAUUUGGUUCUUGUAUAUACUUUUAUUAUAAUGAAAUAUUUUUCAGAUGAAAUUAAUGUAAAUGUAUUGACGAUAUGGAAGCAUUUAUUAUAAGGAAAUAAAUGUUUUAGAAUAAAAAAUAGAAAAAAAAAAUUAGAAAAAAAAA